AUGAUGUCGAACCGUGUCAACGACACAAAUGAAGGGACACCAUGUUCAAAGAAAAGUAGGGUGAAACCUGAGACUGUUAAAAAUUGGGUCACGCGGUUUGAUAAAGAGUUUCAAACGUUUUCAUGGUUGGACUACUCAACCGAGAAGGAAAAAGGCAUAAAUGUUGUUACACAGUUGAAGUGUAAAAUUUGUAAGAAAUACAGGAAGCGAAUAACAGGCUGCAGAAAUUUUAGCGAUAAAUGGGUAGUAGGAGCUAGCAGUGUUAAAACAUCAAGUGUUAGAGAGCAUGCUAUGUCAGACCAGCAUGUCCAUGCCAUGAAUGUGCAAAAUAAAGAAUUCGCCCGAUCUGAAGGAAAGUCCCUUGUUCCUAGAGAAGCCCCGAUUAUACAAGCUCUGGAAAACCUUUCAAAUGAAGAGCAGGAGAGAAUGAAGAUAAAAUUUGACGUGGCAUAUCUCGUGGCAACAGAGCAAAUGGCUUUCUCAAAGUACCCCAGUAUCUGUGCUCUAGAGAUACGACAUGGUGUAGAUAUAGGCCAGUCUUACCUGAAUGCUAACGCCUGCAAAGAGUUUGUUCACUGUAUUGCUGAUAUUGAGAAUGAGGACUUGAUAUCUGCAGUAGCACAAGCAAAGUUCUUCUCUCUGUUAAUUGAUGGCUCAACAGACAAGAGCAACGCAGACAAUGAGGCUACUCUUGUUGUAUGGUUUGAUCCGGAAGGUGAAAAUGAAAAGGUUUGUACCAAAAUUGGAUAUUUGAAUAUAUAUAUUAGAUAUUGAAGUUGAAUCACUGGAUGGUGACAAUGUUGAUGAUGAAGCAAUUGAUCCAGGAGUGGUCUCUCGUGUAACCAACACAAAUAGCAACAGAAAGUUGGUAGGCAUAGGCACAGAUGGUGCUUCCAGCAAUGUAGCAGCUCGAGGAUUGAAGGGAUUGGUAGAACAGAAGCUACCAUGGAUUUUUUGGAUGUGGUGCUUGGCACACCGGCUUGAACUGGCAAUUAAAGACGCGCUCAGGGGAACCUUCUUUGACAGCAUUGACGAAAUGCUUUUGCGCCUUUACUAUGUGUAUGAGAAAUCACCAAAGAAGUGUAUAGAACUUGAAUCCCUCUGUGCUGACCUAAAAGAAUGCUUAGAAUUUGAUGAAGAUGGAAUAAGGCCAGUGAGAGCAAGUGGAACACGAUGGGUGAGCCACAAGGUAAAAGCAAUGAAGAGAGUAUUGUCAAAGUAUGGUGCAUAUAUAGCUCAUCUUACAUCCCUUUCAGAAGAUAAAUCUGUGAAAGCAGCUGACCGUGCCAAGCUAAAGGGAUACCUCAAGAAGUGGGUAAAUGCCAAGUACAUCCUUGGGUGUGCAGCAUUUGUUGAUCUGCUAACCCCAUGUGCCACAUUCUCCAAGUCAAUGCAAAGUAAUGACCUGGACAUUCUGGCAGCUAUCAGCCAUAUUAUCAAGACCCUGAAUGAAACAAACAAGCUCACUUCCAAGCCCCUGGAGCAAUGGAAAACCUAUUCUGAUACACUAAAGAAGGUACAACAAGACGAGAAAGGCCAGUCAGAGUACCAGGUAAAACAUUCAUGUCUUCAAAUUUAUAAAUUUGAAUUAUAUUAUAAAAUUUUAUAUUAUUUACUUUAUAUGAUUGAAUAAUGUUAUAAUGUAAUAGUUUGCUCUAAUUGCCUUGCGUAUUUUUCUUAUUUCUAGACACAGAUUCUCACGAAUGUGGAAGGAGCCAAGACGUUCUUGCUCCAGAAUUCCAGAUCUUAUUGCAAUGCUGUGACAACUUGCAUCAAGUCCAGGUUAUCGUGGUCAGACUUGCAGCAUCUGCGAGAUAUCAUCCUUGUGUUGGCAACUGUUGGGUGGGAGAAAGUAAUGGAUAAGCUGGAUGCUCAUGGAGACCAAGAGGAAAUUGAUGACACAGACCGUGAAGAUCCUCUGAAUGCCAUAGACAGGCUUGUAGAAGCAUACAAGGUUCCAUUGGAAGGAGCAGGUGCUGAAGUCGACCAGGUUCGCGUAGAGUUUGAAGCUAUGAUGGCAUAUGCUGUCCAGUUUAUCUCCCUUUCCACUUUAGACUACCAGAGUGUCUGGUGGCGCAUGUUCCAUGCACCUGACAAAUCUGAGUGGUCCAACAUACUGAUCCUUGCCAGUCUUCUCUUUUCCCUACCAGCGUCAAAUGGCACAGUUGAAAGAGUAUUUUCACAACUGAAUUGUAUCAAGACCAAGAAGCGGGCUUCCCUUAGUAGCAACAGCCUAGAUGAUCUUCUUACACUUUGUACUGGAAAGAGAAAGCUUGACGACUUCUCACCCGACCGUGCUGUACGACUUUGGUGGCAUACAAAGCAUAGAAGACCCAACCAAAGUGUACGAAAGCAAUACGUGCGUAGAAAUUCAAAUGUAAAUCGAAAGCCGGCAUCAACAUCAGCAUCUACCACCAGUACUGGCAGUAAUAAUGUUGAUAGUACCACUACUGAUAGCGAUAGCGGUGAAGAGCAGAGUAAGAGUUUGUUGGAUGACUGGGAUCACUGGAUGAGAGAAUCAGAUGAUAGCGAUGAAGAGCUGUAA